GCCCCACCAUCCACUCCGCUAACCCCGAUGGCCGUCUUCUUCUCUACAUCGUCUCCCGGAUCAUCAAACCCAGGAAGCACGGCCACACCAUCAUGUCCGGUGAAGAUCUCAAGCUCAUCCAUGCGAUCAUGCACUCGGCCCCAAUCAAUUGGGCAAAGUUUGUCAUGAUCAACAUGACGAUUGCCGCGUCCACCGACCACGACCACCUCCUCCCGUACCCGUUCGUGGUGAUGGACAUCCUUGAACGGUUCAAGGUGACCACCACCGUUGGCCCACUCACAAAGGCCACGAAGAUUUGGGCGGUCAGCACCCAAACCUUCAAGAAGCGGUCGGACAACGCCGGACCUGCCACUGCCGUGCAACGGCGCCGUUCUGCUGCUGGCCCAGCCGAAGCCCAGGCCCGGGCCAACCUUGCCUCCAUCGCCGACUCCCUCAACCGGCUUCACUUCAAAGUUGACGGGAUGGAUGGCUACCUUGAGCGGCUCGACGAGGCUGUUCAACGCCAAGCCCAGGCCCGGGCCAACCUUGCAAGUGUACGGUGACGAGGACGAAGAGGAUGGCUCCUACGCCCUGUCAAGCUCCCCGG